CUCACAGGAAGCGAAGAUAUUCCGACCAUUAUUGAUUGGAACAAAAGAGUGUCAAAAUGGAAUUCGGCACUCUCCACGAGACGAAAGAUGUGAUUGACCACAACGGGAAAUCAAUCGAAGUUAAUCAUGUUGACGUCCGUGAUAAAUCACGCUGGGACGUCGGGCUAGACUGUAUCAAUUCUUUGCUAAGACCAGGAAGCGCAACACUAGAAGCAAUGACAGACUACCAACGCCUCGGUUUAAAAAAUUUGAAGGCGAUGAUUAUGCUUUCUGGAGAUAUGGAAGAUGACACAAAGAAUCAUAUCCCACAAGCACUUCUCGAAUCGAGCGAAUCUGCAAGCAGCGACUUCUUGUUGGCAGAAUAUGCAGGUUAUGACCGCCGUUCGCAAGCAAAAACUCUGACUAAUAGCAUCCAUAAGGUUCUCUCGGCUAAAAAAUGCGCUAUAAAAAUGAAAAAAAUAGCGAGUUCAAACGUGAACGCUCGCGAAAGUGCCGAGUCCUUGUUCUUGGAAUCCGUCGAUUUCGAAAGCAAGGAAAGAACAAAUUUGCCACCACAUUGGUUCGAUCUAGACAAUACAUCAAAGCUGAAGUUGAGGGAUCUUUUGUCGUGGGAGAAUCUUUCUCGUUGGGAUUUCAAUGUGUUCGAAGUCGAUGACACCUUGAAGGGGAAAAACACCCUCAUCUUCGUCGCCUGGGCAAUCAUUGGAUCCCCUCAUUCACAAUAUGCAAUGGAUAUGGCUUGCUCAAAGAUCGAAGGGGACACGAAUACAGAAGUAGAGGGGCUAGCAGAAAGAAAAGGCUACGACUUUGUAUCUGCACUGAAAAUCAGGGAGAAGACGCUUCUCAAUUUCUUGCGCGAAAUUGAAAAUACAUAUAGAGACGUGAUUUAUCACAACAAAGUUCAUGCAGCAGAUGUGACACAAAAUCUAAACGCUCUGUUUCAAAUGGGGGGGGAAUUUUUUUCGGACGGGAAACUAGAAACAUUUUCCAUGUUGAUUGCGGCCGUCGUUCAUGAUGUUGGACAUCCUGGCGUCAAUAACGCUUUUCUUAUCCAUUCGAAAUCCGAUCUAGCGAUAGUAUACAACGAUGUCUCUGUGCUUGAAAAUAUGCAUCUGUCCACAAUGUUUCGAAUAAUAACCGGGAACUCUCGAGAUCCGAAAAUAGAUGUUUUCGAGAACUUCUUGGAGGAGGAAACGGAAGUGGCUAGGAAACUUAUCAUCAAAGCAGUACUUUCAACCGAUAUGACGAAACACUUCAAAAAAUUGAAUACUAUCAGAGGUGUAAUACUAUCUCAAGAAGAUGGUGAAGAGGUGACUGAGUCACUUCCGAUGGAUAUCUGUUUCACGAGCGAGAUACUAUCCUUUAUGUUGCACGCAGCCGACAUCUCAAACCCCUCCAGAGAUACAGCAACUGCGAUAAAAUGGGCCGAUAAAGUUCUCGAAGAGAGUUUCCACCAAGGAGAUCUGGAACAAAGUAUGGGUCUUCCAAUAACACCACUGAGCGAUCGAAACUCGACGCAUAGAGAGAAAUCUCAGAUUGAUUUUAUCAAAUUCAUCAUUUUGCCUACCUUUGAGCUGCUUGGACAGUUGAUACCACGAGUUACAAGUGAAGUUAUACCAAAGAUAUUCGAGAACCUUAAAUACUGGCAGGAACAGGAUCUACUUCGUGAAAAUGAAGUGCGAAGCCGUAGAAGAUCAAAAACUUGAACAAACCAGCAAAACAAUUUUCAAAAACUAGCAACUUUUAGAAUUAUAACAGCAAGUUACUCCUCGUAAGAACAGAACAAUAAUUCAAAUCCAUCAAA